AUGUACAGCGUGGAGGACCUGCUCAUCUCGCAUGGAUACAAACUGCCCAGGACCACCGCGCCCGCGCCCCCUCCCCCGGCGCCCCCCCUCGUCGCCGGCGCCGCCGGCUCCGCCUCCGCCUCCGCCCUGUACGACCGGCACCCGUCCUCCGGCGACUACCAGCGGGAGCUGAUGGUGGACAACGGCCGGCCGCCGCUCGGCGCGGGCCGCCGGGACGGCACCCUGAGCAGCUACGAGAUGGACCGGGGGCUGGCCAUGGGCGUGGGCGUGGGCAUGGGGAUGGGGAUGGGCAUGGGGAUGGGGGCGGGGCCGUACAGCGGCAUGUACGGCGGCGGGGGCGGCGGCGGCGGCGGCGGUGGCGGCGGCCGGCAGGCGCUGGUGAAGGCGUACCCCGGCGCUGGCCUGCCGGGGACUCUGGACGGGGAGAUGGUGGACCGGGCGGCCCUGCGGAGGAAGGAGGCCUCCAUGUACAUCCUGGGGGAGCUGCAGAACCCCCUGGGGGACUCCCUGGCCACGGACAGCGGGUUCUACGACGUUCCCAGCCUGACGUACUCCGAGCCCACGAGCCACGAGGAGAGGGACGUCUCCUACUGGCGGCGGCGAGGCCAGGACUUCAGCGUGCUCCUGGACUACGCCGACGGCCGGGAGCUGCGGGCGUCGGCCGGCGCCUGGCGGCCGCAGACCCUGAUGGCAGCCGAGGAGCACCGGGCGGAGCGGCACGCGCAGCAGCUGUGGGAGGACAUCUCCUGGCUGCGGGACCUGGACGCCGCCCCCGGUCAGCUGAGGGUGACCGGGGAGAGGAAGUGCCAGAGCCUGGGCACGGAGGAGUGGAAGCCGGCCGUGGGCCUCGGGAGGCAGCUGUCGGACGCAGAGGGGGACAGGUGGGCGCUGGAGCAGUACCGGCUGAGGACUAUUGAGGGGUCCUUCCACCCCAGAACUAAGGCCAAGUCCCAGUCCCUCCCAAGGGUCUUGUCCCCCGUAGGCAUGGAGUGCAGAGAGCUGGUCCCGUCGAGGCCCAGCCUACCCGACAGACAGAGAAUGAGCAGCACUGUUUUCACCGGGCCUUAUAGUCGCUACGUCUACAGCGGUGCUGUGAGCAGGGACCGCUGGGGCCGGAACGCCUGGCCGAGCAGCCACGUCGCACUUUUGCCGAAGCCCAGGUUCAGCAGGCCUUUGAAGCCGCCGUCGUAUGAGAUUCACCAGCAAACGAGGGGCAGCGCGGAGAUGCUCGCCAUCGACCAGGGCGCCAAACAAAAGGACAGGCUCGUGUACUACCCGAGAGGCGGCGAGCUGCAGAGACAGGACUAUUUCGCACAACACUCGGCCAUCUUCGGUAUAGAGCCCCCCGGCUACAUCCCACCCCCCUCUUAUAGACGAGCCCCGCCCCAAAGAGCAGUGCCACUCAACCGCAACGAGAUGGCAAACCUAAGAUGGAGGGCAGAGUCUCUGCAGAUGCCCGGCUCCGACGCUGGUCGCUGGUUUUCUAGACAGGCAGGAUCUUGGCUGGAACACUACGGGGAGCGAGGCAUGUCCUACCGAAAGCCGGUGCGCUCCGUAUAUGAAGAACAUCCGAUUCAUAGCCGCUCCUUGCCCAUUAUCGACCCAAAGGUGAGACAAAUCUCAGGAGGGUCCGGUGUUACUUCUCUCACUGACACGGACAAGCUCCGGAACAUCAACAAAGAGGUUCCCUGUGCUAAGGUUUUAGGACAAUCUACACAUGAUAGUGCCUUCCCCUCAUCACGGGGGCUAGCUCAGAACUCCGACAACCCCAAGUCUCUCAAUGACAACGACAGCAGUAGUCGGUGGCCAAGCAGGGGACUAAACAAGGGAAGUGACAGUGUAGCCUCUGAGCUGAGCCGAAGUCAGUUCUUUCCUUCUUCUAUUCUGGGUAAACCACCACCACCCCCAUGCAAGCCUCCAGAACAGGGUACGUCCGAAACUGUGACCGAAGUCAAAAAGCCUGAACCGCCGGAACUCCCAGAGAAAGACAAGUCCAAGAACCUAAAAAAGAAGCUUAGUGAGACGAUUUUUUGUUUGGUGUCUGUUCCCGUCACCCCACAGCAUGUGGGGAUGUCACGUGACCAGAACAACAACGAUGAGAAAUCACCAGGCCCGGUGGACAGUCCUAGCGAAAACAAGACGGGACACUUAACAAACCAAAGUCUCCAAAGCACAUCUUCUGCUGAAGCGGAGCUGCAAGCACUAACCGGUAGCAUAGCAAGCAGCAAAACGAGCAGCAGAGCCAGCAGCAAAAUGGUGAAAAGAAUACCUUGUAGACCCCCUAAGAUCAAUCAUUACAAGGAGCUAAAACUGUCAGGAACCUGGCCUGCAAACCAGUAUCGAGACCAGGAGACACAAACCAUCCCAGAGGCCCGAAAACCAGAGGCUCCAGAGUCAGAAAACAAGGAAGCACAACAAGAUCCUGUUCCCCAAGACAUGGACGUUCCCCCUGACGGCGGCGGUGUGAUGAACACCUUCACCUUCCCCAUAACGGGGGUGAAGAGUUUGAAAUUGUCCAGCAACAGCGCCUUCUCCCUGACUUCUUCCUUCUCUUCUUUCUCCAGCCAGCUGAACCAGAGCACAGGUCAGUCGCAAACACCCUCAGGAAACGUGGAGGAGGCCCAACCAGCAGCCUGUGGUGGGCAGGAAGUGUUUGGACAGUUCCUGCUGAAACCAAUCAGUCAGCGACCAUGGGAUUCGGUCAAAGAUCAAGAGACGGUCAACAAAGAGCUUCAGGAUCAACCGCAGCAGGGCAGCAAACCGCCCAGUGUUGACAAAUGCAUAGAGGAUCUCAACGAGGCCUACAAAGACAUCUUGGAGCUUGGUACUGCCAGCAAUAAAGCCCCAAAUGGUUCUGUGCAGAUUCCUGAGCGCAUCAAGAUACGGCUGUCGUCUGAGCCGCUCAACAAGCCCAGCAGCCUUAGGCGCAGUGCAGUCAGCUGGUCCGUUGACCCGGAGUACAGGGAGAUGAAGAGCGCCUUUUCCAGACCUGCGACAAAAUCGGUAACUUUCAGCAAGCAGCUUAGGGAGGAGCUUCCCGUCCCACCGCGGGAGACAGGCUUCAGAGAAUACAGGGUCAUUCCACAUCUUUCACGCAGGAGUAGCAGUAUCGACGGCAGGACGGUCAAACUGGACCUGUCGGAUGAGCCAGUUCUUACGCCAAUAUGUGACUUCAUACUGCCGUCCUCCAACGUCGCCGCGGAGGUUCCCUGGGCUGACAGGCAGCCCAUGCAGGACGCGUCCACGCUUACCAGUCCCCCCGAUUACGAGGACAUAUGCCAGACCCUGCGGCAGUCUAGAGACUCUGAUAUGAACACGGCGGGCGGUUCCAAGCCAAACGACGGUGAGCAUUUGCGAGACCUCAAUGUGGAAUCGGAAGAGGACUGCCCCAUUUGUAAAAGAGAGCUUGAGAAUCGGAUGAGACAGGGCCCACUGCCUCCUCUUCACGAGGAGAACAGCUCAGACAGCUCUGGCAAUCAAAAUGGCAGCCCACCGCAGUUUUCUGCAUUGAGUCCAACCGAGGAGCCGGGAGUGAGUCCUUUGGAGUCUAACCUGACCCUUGAAAAGAGUGAGCAGCAUGGAACGACUGAUGAAAAGGUGGGGGCAGCCGGGAAUGCAGACGAUGCUUCGACAGAGGAUUUAAGUAAAUGCAGUGAGAUAAAGACCGCAGAGAACAGCCCGGAGAAUGAAGACACGGCGCCUGUGGCUUCUUUCUUCAUCACGGCGGUUGAUUUACCAGCAGAGUCCCGAGUCACGGCGAAGCCAGUGAGCACUGAAAAAGAGUCGGCAGAGAGAGACGCCACGGCAGGAAAGAGCAUUGAGAGUGUUGUCGUCAAAAAGAAAGCCUCGGUAAAAGACGCGUGCGAGGGGCCGGACUCUGCCACGCCUCAAAACAGGCCGGACCUAGAGAAGAAGCCAUUGGCCCUCCCAGAAAGUAGAGUCGUUCUACGGCCCCAGCUGGGGCGAGACCACCCAGGGUUACCAGAGUUCCCACCGGACCGACUGCCACUCUCGGUUCUCCCGAACCCAGACCGCAGGCUGUCUUUAAGCUUGGAAGGGGGGGAGAGGAGGGGACGGGGGGCGGCUCCCAGCCACGUGGUGGUGGAAGCACUGCAGGACAAGAUGGCUGCUCCUCCAGGGCGGCCACCCUUUGAAAGGCCGGCGCGGUUGAGGGAGGUGGAUACUGUCUACCGCAUGAGACGGCUCAGCAUUCACAGCAACGACUCUGGGGAGGCGGAGGCGGAGGGAGAGAGCGAGGAGGCCAAGCCAGGGGAAGCACCGCCGGCCUCCCAGAGAGACAAAGAGGAUGAGCAAGACGUCACCGGUUCUUGGCAGGCCCCUGGAGAGACGGCGCCGCGGGGCGAGGAGGCGUCCCGUCUUUCAGGAUUGGGAUGUUCCAAGAGCCAGCAGACACAGGACAAGUGGGAGGACAGUAGAAAGCUUGCGUACGCCGCCACCAUCUGA